AUGUCAGCUCCGAUACAUUCUAAAAAGUCGGAAAAAUCGAGUGAAGUGGUUGGUGAAAAUUGUGCAGAUUGUGGUGCGCGAUCGGUGGUCACGGAAGAUCCGGAUAUGUCCCAUCCUGGGCGAGCCUGCCAGGUGUGUCGAGAAGAAGACACUGAUGAAAUGGUACAGUGUGACAGUUGCUCUAAAUGGCAUCAUUUCCAAUGUGUUGGAGUCACGCAAGAGAUCGAGAAUUUCCCGUGGAGUUGCGCUAAAUGCGAAAAAGCGAACGGCAUUCAGGAAAAUAGCUCGUCGACAUGUGUGCUAUUGCAACGAAGUGAUGGUCAUCCGAAGCAGUCGUCCCAGGCCAAUAUGCCCACCAUACGGGAGCGGCCAUCGAAACAUCAACCAAAAGCUCCAUCGGUAGCAUCCUCAAGAUCGUCACAAGCUCUCGCGAGGCUGGAGCUCGAAAAGCUGGAAGCUUUAAGAGAUGUCGAACGACGUGAAGCGGAGAAGCAACGUGCAAUCGCGGUAGAAGAGGCGGCGAGGGAAAAGGCUUUCGUAGAGGAAAAGUUCAAGCUGCUGGCACUAGCGGUGAGCGAGGGUGGUUCUAUGAAAAGCGCUCCAGUGGACAGAACAGCAAAUUGGGUUGCCACUACGAGUGGAAUGCAGAAAGGUGCAAUAGGUUUGGCACCCAAUAUAAAAGUCCACCAUUCUGGGAACCGGAUGGAUGAGCAGCCGAGGAAAACAGCGCUCGAACGGACCAGAAAACAGGAUUUUCCGGAGCCGAUUCAAACUUCGAAGUCAGCUUGUCCCAACACAGUUUCACGCCACUCGCGUCCGGAUAAUCAACUGUCGCAUAACCCCGCAGAUGCGAAAACUAAUCGGUCUGAUCUGAAUCAACACCAUUCGGUCACUCAUCUCCCACGAAAUUCACAGCAGGACCAAUGCCCUUUACCUACGAUCCAGGCUAGCCGCAUGCAAGAUCAAGAAGAUUCAGACCUUUACCCGAUCACCCGUAAGCAAUUAGCCGCGCGGCAAGCUGUUUCGAAAGAUCUCCCAGUAUUCUCCGGUAGCCCGGAAGAAUGGCCCCUAUUUUUCUCCACUUUCAACAGUACGACAGCCAUGUGUGGGUUCACCGACGAAGAAAAUGUAGUGCGUCUACAACGCUGUCUUAGCGGCCGAGCAUAUGAGGCAGUGAAAAGCAGGUUGCUCCAUCCAUCUAAUGUCGACGGAAUUAUGUCCACCCUCAGAAUGCUGUUCGGACAACCGGAAGUGAUAGUGAACUCGAUGAUAGCGAAGAUUAAUUCGCUUCCUUCGCUGAAAGAGGAUAAGCUAGAAAGCCUUAUAGACUUCGCCGUCAGCAUCGAAAACUUUUGCGCCAUUGUGGAUGCUUGUGGUGUCAAAGAAUAUUUCUAUAAUGUAACGUUUCUCCAUCAACUUGUUAACAAGCUUCCUCCGUCACUAAAACUAAGCUGGGCACAACAUAAGCGAUCGCUUCCUACGGUUAAUCUACCAUCCUUCAGCAGUUGGUUGUAUUCUUUGGCGGAAGCUGCCAGCUCCGUAACCUUCCCUAGCGUCGCAUUCGAAUCCAAACCCGUACGUAGUGACUCUUAUACAACCAAACGCGGGACGUCGUUUGUUAACGCUCAUUCUGAGGAGUCAGCUUCAGAGUAUCCAUCCACUUCACAGUCUGACAUGACAGUUGCCGAAGAAACUUGCUUAGUAUGCAAAGGAAAUUGCAAGUCGCUGACUAAAUGCAAGCGUUUCUUAGAGUUUGCUCGUGACUCGCGCUGGGCAACAGUUCGAGAUUUAGGCCUGUGUCGCAGAUGUCUACGCCGACAUAGUGGAGGAUGUCAAGCCAAGGCUUGCGGGAAGAACGGGUGCGAAUUAAAGCACCAUGAGUUGCUGCACAAUGAUCAGAAAAACACUCCUUCGAACACAUACAGAAAUUAUACAGAUAAUACGCUGCCGACUAACCGUGUUGAACGCAAUCUGCCUGGACCAAACUCGUCUGAGCACGGUUGCAACAUCCAUCAAGUUUCCUCCAGUGAAGUUUUAUUCCGCUACUUACCGAUAGUGCUGUAUGGCAAGCACACUUCCAUCCCGACUUUUGCUUUCCUUGAUAACGGAUCGGAGCUCACACUUCUUGAUAAAGCGUUGGCGAGUGAGCUGCAGCUUGAAGGAGAAAGUAUGCCUCUGUGUCUACAUUGGACGGGAGGAGCGAAGCGUAGAGAAGAAAAUUCUAAAACCGUCAAACUAGAGCUGGCCGCGAAACAUAACCCUUUCAAAAAAUACACCCUCAACGGGGUACGCACAGUGGAUGAAUUGCUAUUGCCACCCCAAACGUUAAACGUCGAGGAGCUCAAGGUCCUGUAUCCGCAUCUCAAAAAUCUGCCCAUUGAGUCCUACCACGAUAUCCGCCCUAGGAUCCUUAUCGGAAUGAAGGAUCAGCACCUUAGUUUGGUUCGGAAGAGUCGUGAGGGAGCCUGGCAUCAGCCAAUAGCUGUCAAAACCCGUCUUGGAUGGACAGUGUGCGGGGGAGGGAAACCUGACGAUGAUACUAACCUUGUACACUCUGUUUUCCAUGUAUGCGCUCGUGAACCGUCAACGGAUGAAGAUUUACAUUCGAUCGUGAAACAAUACUUCGCCAUAGAAAGCUUGGGCAUUGCACAACCGAGGAAGAACCUGCUCUCUUCCGAAGAAGAACGAGCCCAGUCUCUUCUCGCAACCCGCACGGUAUUCAAAAGAAACCGAUACGAAACCGGACUAUUGUGGCGCUAUGAUAACGUCCGCCUACCAGAUAGUCGUCCAAUGGCUGUCCGGCGACUGGAAUAUCUUAGAAAGCGAAUGGACAAAGAUCCGGAGCUAGCUAAAGCCGUCAACCAAAAGAUGAUUGAUUUGAUCGCGAAGGGCUAUGUCAGAAAACUUACCGACGAGGAACUCAAGCAAUCGUUUUCCAGGGUAUGGUACCUGCCGAUGUUCCCAGUAACAAAUGUCAACAAGCCUGGGAAGAUUCGGAUGGUAUGGGACGCUGCUGCCGCCUCCCACGGAAUAACACUAAAUUCAGUCCUCUUGAAAGGCCCAGACCAGCUUUGCGACCUGUUUACAAUAUUAAUUCAGUUCCGUGUAGGUCGGAUUGGCUUGACUGGUGACGUGCGGGAGAUGUUUCUGCAGGUGCUGAUGCGAGCCGAGGACCAGCAAUGUCAACGUUUCCUUUGGUAUGACGAAGAUGGAACCAUAGCUGCCUACGUUCUGCAGGUCAUGUCUUUUGGAGCAUGCUGUUCGCCUAGUAGCGCCCAGUUCGUGAAGAACUUGAACGCCGAACGAUUCAGGAAAGAAUAUCCUGACGCUGUGGAGGUAAUACAUAAGCGUCAUUACGUCGAUGAUAUGCUGGUGAGUGUGUCGACGGAACAGGAGGCGAUCCAACUUGCGCAACAGGUAAAGCGAAUACAUGCUGCGGGUGGAUUCGAGAUUCGAAACUGGGUCAGCAAUUCAACACAUGUAGUAAGAGCGCUACAAGCGGAGCAUACGGCAGAGAAGAGUCUCGAUCUGUCGCCUGAAUUAGCCACCGAAAAAGUGUUGGGAAUGUGGUGGUGUACAAAAGAAGAUACGUUCACCUACAAAGUUGGAUGGUAUCGCUACGGUCGAGCAUUAUUGGAAGGGCAACACAAUCCAACCAAGAGGGAAAUGCUACGGAUUUUAAUGUCCGUGUUCGAUCCACUUGGAUUAAUCGCUCAUUUCCUUAUGUACCUUAAGGUACUGCUUCAAGACGUUUGGCGCGCCGGAAUUGAUUGGGACGAACGAAUAGACGGCGUUCUGUUUGAAAAGUGGCAAACAUGGCUUAAAGUUCUACCACAAAUUGAACGAAUCAGUAUACCACGGUGCUAUGGCGGACAAACUACAGCUGAGACUAACAUUGCGCAGCUGCAUACAUUUGUAGAUGCAGGCGAAAAUGGAAUUGCUGCUGCAUGCUAUCUACGCUUCACUCAGGGAGAAAUCGCACGAUGUAGUUUAGUAGCCGCAAAGACGAAAGUUGCCCCAUUGAAAUUUGUUUCAACUCCAAGAUUGGAACUCCAGGCAGCGCUAGUGGGAGCUAGGCUGUCUCGAUCAGUAUCUGAAGCCCUCACGUUCCGUAUUUUUCGUCAUGUGUACUGGUCUGAUUCACAAGAUGUGCUGUAUUGGAUCAAUUCCGAUCACCGGCGAUACUCACCGUACGUUGCCUGUCGGGUUAGUGAGAUCCUUGAUACGACGGAGAUGGAUGAAUGGAGAUAUGUUCCUAGCGAUCUAAACGUAGCGGAUGACGGCACGAAGUGGAAGCGACUUCCGGAUUUGAGCCCUCAAGCACGAUGGUUCAAUGGACCCGACUUCCUUAGACGCUCGGAAGAUCAUUGGCCACGCUCGACGAUAAAACGAAAUGCUACCGAUCUGGAACUUCGACCGAGUGUGUUAACUCAUUUUGCUACACCAGCUCGAGUAAUCUGCGUAGGUAACUUUUCAAAUUGGACCCGAUUACUAAGAGUUGUCGCCAUGGUCUAUCGUUUCUUCACUAACUGCAAGUCAAAACUCCAGAAAAAACCCCUCGCCCUCGGACAUCUUUCCAGUACCGAAUUGUCGCACGCCGAGUCCUACAUUAUCCGCCAAGCGCAGCACGAAGGGUAUCCACAUGAAGUAGCGCUUUUACAAAGGACACAGCUGAGUACAGACCGACCGGUAACGCCGCUUCCCAAAACGAGCCCACUCUACCAAAAAUCGCCAUGGUUGGACAACCGCGGAAUAAUGAGGAUGCGAGGACGUAUAUCCGCAUGCCACUUUGCAACCGAAGAUGCCAAACAGCCUAUAAUACUUCCUCGUGACCACCACGCUACCUCGUUAAUCAUAGCACACUACCACGAUAAAUACCACCACCAGAACCAUGAGACCGUGAUCAAUGAGAUCCGGCAGAAAUAUAGUAUACCGAAACUUCGCAUAGCCUUCGCAAAGGUACGGAGCAACUGCCAACGUUGCAAGAACAACCGCGCAAUGCCAACUGUACCCAUUAUGGCUGAACUACCGGCAGCACGCCUAGAUGCCUUCUGUUGCCCAUUCUCUCAUGUUGGAGUCGAUUUUUUUGGGCCAUACGAAGUUGUCCUCGGUCGCCGAACUGAAAAACGAUGGGGCAUGCUUGCUACCUGCCUCACCAUCCGGGCGAUACACAUUGAGAUCGUCCACUCUCUUAACACCGAUUCCUGCGUUAUGGCCCUUCGAAACUUCAUUUGCCGAAGAGGCAAGCCACUGGUGUUCUAUAGCGAUCGAGGCACGAAUUUUAUCGGGGCGAAUAAAGAGCUCCAAACAGCGGAACAGUCGUUUCGCCAAGAAGAGCUAAUGAAGGAAUUUGAAGACUCAGAAACCAGCUGGCAGUUCCUGCCACCGGCUUCCCCCCACAUGGGUGGUAGCUGGGAACGAUUGAUCGGAAGUGUUAAGAAAAAUUUGAUGGCAAUCUUACUAACGCGGAAGCCGACCGACGAAGUCCUGCGGAAUCUGUUUGCCGAGGUUGAAAACACUAUCAACGCCCGACCUUUGACUCAUGUCCCUACUGAUGAUGACUCCGCACCCGCUCUGACACCCAACGAUUUCCUACUGGGGUCAUCUAACGGAGUAAAACCAUUGUGCACGAUCGACGGCAGUGGCGUAGCCUUGCGUCAGGGCUGGCGACUGUCGCAAGCUCAAGCCAACUGCUUCUGGAAACGUUGGGUGAGCGACUACCUACCGGAAAUAACACGCCGAACCAAGUGGUUCGUCGACACGAAGCCCAUCGAGAGUGGAGAUAUAGUGGUUAUCGUCGACCCGAAACUACCCCGAAACUGUUGGCCUAAAGGAAGAAUCCUCUGCACUCAUCCUGGAAGAGACGGUCAACCCAGAUCAGCGACGGUGAGAACAGCUUCCGGCAUCUACGAGCGUCCGGUAGCAAAAUUGGCCGUGCUAGACGUGAGGCGCGAAGCGAAGUGUGGGGGAGUGUUGGCAAGUUCAUGCCAGCGCGCCUUACCCUAUUAA